AGAGUGAGUGAGUGAGUAAUACACUACAGACUCUGCAGCAAAAAUGCAAAGCCUUGAAUCACCUUAUCUCUUUUUCUUCACUUUCCCUAAACCCUUAAACCCUCCUUCAACCUCUUCAUUCCACCCUCGAUACCGUCAUCCGCCACCGCCUCUGCGCCUCCACCGCCACCACCCUCCCCUCAAAUGCUUCGCCUCCGACGAGUUCCCGGUCGACGAAAUCUUACCCGAAAACUUCGUCCACAGGAACAAAGAAACCGAAGACGAAGCUCGCCGCCGAAACUGGAUCGACCGCGGUUGGGCGCCAUGGGAGGAAAUCCUCACUCCCGAAGCCAAUUUCGCCCGGAAGAGCCUCAACGAAGGCGAAGAGGUACCUCUGAAAACUCCCGAAGCCAUUGAAGCGUUCAACAUGCUGAGCCCUAGCUACAGGAAGAAGAAGAUGGAGGAAUUGGGGAUGGACGAGGACGAAUUCUCUGAGAAGCAGUUUGAGAUCAAAGGGGAGAUUCCGGAGCCUAUUGAGACGCUUUGGGCGGGUCCUAUGGUGGUGCGCUUGGUGCCGCCGAGGGAUUGGCCGCCGCGGGGAUGGGAGGUGGAUAGGGAGGAGCUGGCGUUCAUGAGGGAGGCGCAUAAGAUGCUGGCCAGGAGAGUGAGUUUGGAACAACUUGACGGUGGUGUGAUUGUGGAUGAAGACUAUGAUACUGGUGGGCUUGCAUUGGAUAGGUACAAGGUGUUCUUGAAGCAGUAUGAGGAAUGGGUUGAAGCUAAUAGGGAUAGGUUGGAGGAGGAAUCUUAUCUGCAUGACCAAGAUUAUCACCCUGGUAGGAGGAAAAGAGGGAAAGACUACAAGGAGGGCAUGUAUGAGCUUCCAUUCUAUUAUCCUGGUCAAAUUUGUGAAGGGAUGGUGACAACUUUGCAUCUCUAUCAAGGGGCAUUUGUUGACAUUGGCGGCGUAUAUGAGGGGUGGGUUCCCAUAAAGAACAAUGACUGGUAUUGGAUCCGCCAUCACAUAAAAGUGGGUAUGCAUGUCAUGGUUGAAGUUUUGGCAAAGCGAGAUCCCUACCGUUUCCGGUUUCCGAUCGAACUUCGGUUUGUCCAUCCAAAUAUAGAUCAUCUGAUCUUUAACAGAUUCGAGUACCCACCAAUAUUUCAACGUAACGAUACUAACCCAGAUGAAAUACGGCGAGACUGUGGAAGGCCUCCCAUUCCUAGGAAAGAUCCUGGAGACAAGCCGGAGGAAGAACCUUUGUUGUCAGAUCACCCAUAUGUUGGCAAGUUAUGGCAGAUUAAUGCAGCUGAGCAAAUGAUUUUGACGGAUAUGGAGGUUAAUCCAGAUAAAUAUAAAGGCAAAAAGCUGUCAGAGUUGACUGAUGAAGAAGACUUUGAUGAACAAAAUUCUGUUCAGCAUACAGAAGUCAAAUAUAAGAACACAAUAUUACCCAAGACUAUUCUGAAAGUAAGUGUCAAAGAGCUUGACUUAGAGGCUGCAUUUGCUGAGCGUCAGCACCAUAAUAAACAAUUUGCGGAAGCAAAAGCCAGAGGCGAGGAGUACGAAGUUUCCAAAUUAAGGCGUCACAUCGAGAUGGAUGAGUAUGAUGCCAUGCAUUGGCGCAGAUCAUUUGAGGAAAGAGAAGCCUUGCUUAGAGACGUCAGCUGUCGCAAAGCGCUUGGUCUGCCAUUGGAAGAACCAGGAAGGUAUGUGGAUGCCAGUCACUUUGGUAAAGACCAAUUUGAUCCUGAAAAUCCUUUAUAUCGUUAUGAUUAUUGGGGAGAACCCAAGAAUUCAGAGAAGAGCAGGCUAGAACGCAUAGCAGAUCAACAUAACAAAUCAAUUGUGGGGAAGGGCACUGUUUGGUAUGAGAUGUCAUACGAAGACUGCAUCAAGCAACAAGAAGUAAGAAAAGCCCAGGCCAAGAGAGAGAGGGAAGAAGAACGGAGGAAUGCAGAUAACAAGCAAGAUCAGGGAUCAAAUGAGGACGAAGACUCUGAUUCUGAUGACGACUUUGACUUUAGCCUGCUGAGAAAUGUAGAUGGCAACUUGUCUGAACAGAUUCAUGUUAAUGGAACCGAGUCUUUCAAAAUGUCAGACGAGGGUAUGUUUGAGGAGUGAGGCUAUAAUCAUAAUGUAUUGAGAAAUGUGCAUAAAUUUUUGGCGGUGUAGGAACUCUAUGCAGUAAACUUCAGCAUGUGAUUUUAAUGAAAUUGGUUGUAUUA